AUGGCCAACUCAUCAUCGUCGACCGCCAGCUCGGCGUUCGACUCUUACCAGACGUCCCUCACCACUCGCUACUGCAGCCCCGCCAUGUCCAAGCUCUUCAGCCAGCGAUCUCGUCACUCGACCUGGAGGAAACUCUGGCUCGCCCUGGCCGAGAGUGAGAAGGAGCUCGGUGUCGACACCAUCACCGAUGAGGCUCUGGACCAGAUGAGGGCUCACCUGACCGUCACCGAUGACGACUUUGAGGUUGCCCGCAUUGAGGAGAAGAGCCGUCGACAUGUAAGCCAGUCGCUCUGCCACCGUUUCAUCCACGAGUCUGCCCCAUCUGCAUCGGGACACGUCCACGCCUUUGGGGCCGUGGCCCCCGCCGCGUCGGGCAUCCUCCACCUGGGAGCGACCAGCUGCUUCGUGACGGACAACACGGAGCUCAUCCUGGUGCGCGAGGCCAUGGACCUGAUCGCCAAGAAGAUCGCCAAGGUGAUCCACAACCUGUCCGCGUUCGCGGUCAAGUGGAAGGCCGAGCCGACGCUGGCCUACACGCACCUGCAGGCGGCGCAGCUCAUCACCGUGGGCAAGAGGGCAGCGCAGUGGGUGCUGGACCUGAUGCUCGACCUCCACGCCAUCGAGCAGGUCAGCCGCGAGCUCAAGUUCCGCGGCGCCCAGGGCACCACGGGCACCCAGGCCAGCUUCCUCUCCAUCUUCGAGGGUGACGCGGCCAAGUGCGAUCGGCUCAACGACCUCCUGUGCGCCAAGUUCGGCUUCCCCUCCUGCUACGAGGUCUCCACCCAGACCUACACCCGCAAGGUCGACCUCAUCAUCGCCAACGCCGUGGCCGGCCUCGGCUCCACCGCCCAGAAGAUCACCGGCGACAUCCGCCACCUGAUGCACUGGAAGGAGAUCGAGGAGCCCUUUGAGUCCUCGCAGAUCGGCAGCAGUGCCAUGGCCUACAAGAGGAACCCUAUGCGCUCUGAGCGCGUGUACAGUCUGGCCCGCGAACUGAUGAGCAAGCCGGCUUCUUUCGCUGCCACCCACAGCGACCAGUGGGCUGAGCGUACGCUCGAUGACUCGGCCAUCCGUCGCAUUGACAUCCCUGAGAUGUUCCUUCUGGCCGACGCCAUCUGCAUCGGUCUUGACAAUAUCAGCGACGGUCUCGUCGUCUAUCCCGGUACAUGCUCUCCUGAAUCCGUGCCUUGGAAUCUCCCUUUCAUGAUCACCGAGGAGAUCAUCAUGAGGCUGUGCGCCAAGGGCGUCUCUCGGCAGGAGGCGCACGAGCAGAUCCGCGUCCUGAGCCACGAGGCCGGCGCCGUAGUCAAGCAGGAGGGCAAGCCGAACCCGCUAGUAGACAAGAUCCGCGCCAACGACUUCUUCAAGCCCAUCUGGGGCGAGCUGGACGGCAUGCUCAAGGCCGAGCUGUACACGGGCCGCAGCAGCCAGAUCGUCGACAAGUACUGCGGUCCCGGCGGUGCCGUCGAGAAGGCCCUCGCGCCGUACGAGGAGUACAUCAAGAGCUCCGCCACGGCUAAGCUGAAUGUCUAG